AUGGACAGCAUCUGGCUGGGUGUCUGGUGUCUCUCAGGGUGGCUCGUCCUCCCCGCCUGCUCCCUCCGUCAGUACUACUUUGUCAAGAAACCUUUAACUUGGAAUGAAGCUCAGACCUACUGCAGACAGAACUACACAGACCUGGCCACCAUUGAAAACACUGAAGACGUGAAGGAACUGGAGAGAACAGAAGACAAUCGUCAGUUUGUUCUUAUCCAGACGUCCAAGAGUUGGUCCGAUGCUCAGAAGUACUGCAGGGAGAACUUUGUUGAUCUGGCCACUGUGAGGAACGACAACGAGCAGCAGAAGGUCUGGAACAAACUGUUGAUUAAAACGGCAUGGAUCGGCCUGUUCGGAGAUCCUGAUCUUUACUGGUCUGAUGGGAGCAGCUUCUCCUGGUCCAACUUCAAUGGUUCAACUCCGAUCGGCUCCAUGACAGACUCAUGUGAGUCCCUGAGCUGCAUCAUGAUGGACAGCAUCUGGCUGGGUGUCUGGUGUCUCUCAGGGUGGCUCGUCCUCCCCGCCUGCUCCCUCCGUCAGUACUACUUUGUCAACAAACCUUUAACUUGGAAUGAAGCUCAGACCUACUGCAGACAGAACUACACAGACCUGGCCACCUUUGAAAACACUGAAGACGUGAAGGAACUGGAGAGAACAGAAGACAAUCGUCAGUUUGUUCUUAUCCAGACGUCCAAGAGUUGGUCCGAUGCUCAGAAGUACUGCAGGGAGAACUUUGUUGAUCUGGCCACUGUGAGGAACGACAACGAGCAGCAGAAGGUCUGGAACAAACUGUUGAUUAAAACGGCAUGGAUCGGCCUGUUCGGAGAUCCUGAUCUUUACUGGUCUGAUGGGAGCAGCUUCUCCUGGUCCAACUUCAAUGGUUCAACUCCGAUCGGCUCCAUGACAGCCUCAUGUGGUUCCAUGUCUCUGAAGAGAUCCAUGAAAUGGAAGCUCUCGAACUGUGAACAAAGGUUCCCCUUUGUGUGCCACAGAGUCCCUGACAUAAGGCAUGGUAAGGUGGUGAAGUUGAGGUUUGAAUUGAAGGACGACUCCGUGGAUCUGAACAACCCUGAGGUCAAAGCAGAACUCCUGAAAAAGCUGCAGGACAGACUGGAGGAGAACGGAGUGAGUGGAGUCACCCUGAGGUGGAGAGAACAGCCUGAUGGGAAAGCGUUCCACAAGGAGGAGACUCAAGGAACCUGUCCUGCAACUCCUCAAACAGCAGUGUGUUAACCAACAGCGCCCUCUUCUGUACCAAUGUGUUUAUUACUGCCUCUGGGUUCACUGCAGUUUAUUUAGACUCCUGCUAUCCACCGGUUUUGUGUGUGGGUGGAACUUUUUCUUGCAACUUUCACAGCAAACUCAUAAGCUGAUAUCUACAAUUACAGCUGUUUGUUAUUUAAGUGCUUUUUAGUUGGCAGGCUAAUAUGAAUUUCUGUUAUUUUGCAGAGUGGUUCUGGAUGCAUCAUAUUUACUGUGUGUGUUUGUAUCAUCGUAAAUAACAAAGAAAGAAAAAUAAAUAUUCUAAGAAAAAAAUGAAGCCUGUUUUAUGUGAGGAAUGUUUUUCUUUUUAUGUAUUCUGUAAUUUCACAUUUGUUGCUCCCAUUGCUUAUUUCUGCAUUUUAUAGCACAAACUUGACUUUUAGGAUCAUCUCAAGUGCAAGAAAGGAGGAUUACAGGCAUCCUGCUGCAGAUCUUCUUGGUUCUCUUCUGUCAAAAGUGCUUCAAUGAGGUA